AUGAAAAAGACAGUGGCAAGUGCUCCCGUCGACCAAAAACAAGCGAUGGCUGUAGUGAAUCAGCAGUUUGAGUCCAUGUUUCCGACUCAGUCUGCAACGACAGCAACGCCAACAACAGGGGGAGCUUCUGCCAACACCAAAAACAAAGAUUCAGCCAUUAACGAUCUUUCCAAUUCGAUAUCCAAAUCAAAAAAACCCUCGACCCGAGAGCUAUCUAGCCCCGAGAAGAAAAGACUUCAACUACACUAUCCCAAAUAUAAGAAAGCAACUUUCACUCAUAAUGAAUUACGAAAUGCGGAGGAGCAUUCACGAUCUGAAAAUCCAACUCCUAUCAAUCCACCUCGAAUGGAAAAGGACGUUGUUGAAGAGGAAUUAACUGACGACGAGGCUGGAGACAUCAAACUGGACAAUGUAUCCAAGAACGAAGAUCUCCCAGAAUCCAUGUUGAUUUCUAAAAAAGAGGUGAAGAGGCAUUUCGUUUUCUUGACGUCCGACAAAAGAGAAAACUAA